AUGGACGCCGGCCCGAAGAAACGGAAAGCUGACCCAGAGCAGCGGGACGUGGGCAGCAACAAGCGGACCAGGGGCAAAAAGAAAUGGAGCAUGCCACGAAAAGAAGCUGCCGAGGCUCGCAGUAUUCAGCCGGGCGAUACGGGCAUAUGGGCGACGUGCGCCAUGAAGAAAGAGGCCCCUUCUGUCGCCGACUUGCGGGAUCUCUUCCAGGAGUAUGCAUCCAAAAUGUACGAGGUGAGCCAGACGGCCGGUGCAGCUGAAGGCGGAGAAUCCGACGAAGACGGGGGUGAUAUCGAGAGCGAAAUCCAAAAAGAGAUUGAGGGGAUUCGUAAGCCUGCAGUUGACCCGCUCUUCACUUCCGUCAAGCUGGACACGCAGUGUUUGCUGUUCUUCAGAACUCGCUCGCCUGUUGAACCUGUUUCAUUUGUCCACAAAAUCUGUCAAGACCUUGCGAAUGGCGGCGCGAUCAAGCGCUGUCGCUUCGUUAAAAGGCUCACGCCAAUCACAGCUACCGAUAAAGCGACGGAGAAGGGCCUCGAAGAUGUUGCUCGCAAAGUGCUUGCGCCACACUUUCACGGGCCGGACCAAGUGGGGAAAAAAUUCGCAAUACGAACAUCUAUUCGAAACAACAAGGAGUUCGCUAGAGAAGACGUGAUCAAGAGAGUCGCAGCUGCCGUCGGCCCCGGUCACAAGGUUGAUCUGUCUGGGUAUGAUCUUCUUAUCCUCGUAGAGAUCUACAAGAACAUCUUGGGCAUGAGCGUGGUCGGCUCGGAUUUCGAGAAACUCAAACGCUACAAUAUCGCGGAGCUGCAUGACGCGGCCAACGGAAAGGCGCCGGAUAUUACGAAAAGCAAUGAUUGA